CAAAAUCUUUGCUUGUGAGUAAGUUGUCUUUGAUUAUCUUCUUUCUGCUACAAAUUUAUACGAAUGAUCCUUUCUUUCUUUCAUUUUCCCGUUCGUAAUAACGACGAAAAUUUAACAGAAACAACUUUUCGCAAGCACAAAAUUUAAUCAUUUAUCAUUAUUCUAUAACUAUUCCUAUUUCUUUCUUUCUUUCUCUCUCUCUCUCUCUCUCGUUUCGAUCCGAUCUUAAAUAACAACAAAUAGCAAAGUUGUUUCACUUUCUCCUUGUGAACCUCUGUUUUCUGGGGUUUUCUUCCCCUUAAUUUCUUCAUUUUUAUUGGUUAUAUUCACAGUUAGCACUCAUGCAAAAUAGCUCCUUGCGCAUUGCUUUCUCUCUUCUUUAAUCAGCUUUGGCGUAAAGUUGCUUCAUGGAGUCAUUUGGUAAUGGAUUCAGUACUUCAUUGAAGAGUCAGAAUUCAACAUCUACAAUAGGUGAUGAUUCUUCAUGCACAUCUGGGGUUCCUCACCCUUCUCGGCCCCCAUCUGCAAAACAAUCUAGAUACAAAGGAGCUUCCUCCAUGCACUAUGCUGGUGUUCGUAAUCCUGGAAUGAACCAUGUAAAUGGUUCUGUUGCAAAUCAGAAGCAUUCUUAUAGAACUGCCCAUGAUCCUAUGCAACGUGAGGAAUUGCCCAACAUGGCCAAACACUUUUAUAGCCUAAAUAAGGAUAAAUCUCAGUUUGUGGGUCCUAUUGAAGACUUUGAUCAAUCAGCAGAAAGUUCUCCUGAGAAGAAGGUUUUGAUGCUAGAAGGCAAAUCUUUAGUCAAGCAUCAUAUUGAAGAUCCUGGGAAUUCUAAUUCAAGUGGCUCGCUUGAAUCUGAAAGUGUUGUCUCGGCUUCGUGUGAAGGAGCAGUUAGGGUGCUUAGUAACCACAUGGCAUCUCAAUCAGCCAUAAGUUUUUGUGCAAGUCCUCCAAACAGUGUGUACACUGCUACUGUUUAUGCGGAAGCGAAACAGAGUUUCACCAACACUGAAGUUAGUGAAGAAGCAAGCUUCAUUGACAAACCUAGUGAAAGUGGUGAUAUAAGUAACGUCUAUGACACGGAGAGCAGGAAGACAAGUAUCUAUAGGGGCAGCACGGAUAGUGAUGUUAGUGAUGAAAGCAGCUCAAGUAGUUUAACCAGUGCCUUGUACAAGCCCCAUAAAGCAAAUGAUAUUAGAUGGGAAGCAAUUCAAGUUGUCCGAUCUCGUGAGGGAGCAUUAGGGUUGAAUCACUUUAAAUUGUUAAGGAGACUGGGAUGUGGAGACAUAGGUAGUGUUCAUCUAGCAGAAUUGACUGGCACGAGAACUUAUUUUGCAAUGAAAAUUAUGGAUAAAGCAGCACUAGCAGCCCGGAAGAAGCUUCCAAGGGCUCAAACUGAACGAGAGAUACUUCAGUCUCUGGAUCAUCCGUUUCUACCAACUUUAUAUACACAUUUUGAAACAGAAAAGUUCUCUUGCUUGUUGAUGGAGUUCUGCCCUGGAGGCGACCUGCAUGCACUCAGGCAAAGACAGCCUGGGAAGUACUUUCCAGAGCAUGCUGCUCGGUUUUAUGUUGCAGAAGUUCUCCUUGCUUUGGAGUACUUGCACAUGCUAGGGAUCAUUUACAGGGACCUUAAACCAGAGAAUGUUUUGGUAAGGGAAGAUGGGCAUAUAAUGCUUUCAGAUUUUGACCUCUCUCUAAGAUGUGCUGUCUGCCCAACUCUGGUUAAAUCAUCACACUCAACCUUGGAGUCGAAGAAUUCAGCAUACUGUGUGCAGCCAGCUUGCAUUGAGCCAACCUGUGUGAUGCAGCCUGAUUGCAUCCAACCAGCAUGUUUUGGACCACGCUUCUUGUCAAAGUCCAAGAAAAAUAAGAAAAAUAAGCCAAAGAAUGAAACGAAUCAUCAAGUAACCCCUCUCCCUGAGCUUAUUGCUGAACCCACAAAUGCUCGAUCGAUGUCCUUUGUGGGCACGCACGAGUACCUGGCACCUGAAAUUAUUAAAGGAGAAGGCCAUGGAAGUGCUGUAGAUUGGUGGACAUUUGGGGUCUUUCUUUAUGAACUUUUGUUUGGUAAAACUCCUUUCAAGGGGGCAGGAAACCGGGCCACACUGUUUAAUGUGAUUGGGCAGCCGUUAAGAUUUCCAGAUUCACCUCCUGUGAGUUUUGCUGCUAGGGACUUGAUCAGAGGUUUACUAGUUAAAGAACCACAGCACCGUCUCGCCUACAGGCGAGGGGCUACUGAAAUAAAACAACAUCCAUUCUUUCAGAGUGUAAAUUGGGCACUGAUUCGGUGUACGAAUCCCCCAGAUGUGCCGAAACAAGCCAUGAUUGAUUUUCUUAUGAGAGCGGAUGUGCCAAAAACAACCCAAGCAGCAGGGAAUGUGCCAGGCAUAGAUGUGAAGCCUUCAGGUAAUUAUCUAGAGAUUGAUUUCUUUUGAGUUCUGUGAUUGGUUUACGUAGUCAAACCAGCUUCUAUAGCCUCGUGCAUGCUGUAUGCGUCGAUGGGUUCCUCUUCCAUUGUAAGGGGGUGCCUUGACAGCCACAUGUAACCUCUUAUAAACAAAGCAUGAUAACAAACAACACUGAGGAAAUGCAAAUGCGAAAUUAACUGAGGAAUGAAGCUUACUUCCCUUCCAAUCCUAUCAAAACUGUUGCCUCUUGCUUCCAAGUCAAUGUAUAGUUUCGCAAUAUCCAUAAGCAUUGAUUUUGUUUGUUUGCAAUUGAAUCGGUGUCUGUGAUUACCUUAAAAGUCUGCAAUACAAUUUUUAUUGUAAGAGGCCGCUGAGGGAAAUGCAAUCUUACUUUUGUAUA